AUGAAAGUGCCAGUCAAAUUAUGGGGUCUAUAUACGCGAUCCGAACCAAUUCUGAAGCAUAUCAAAGAAUUUUGUCCACUGCGUGAUAUUCAGUGCCCAACAAGCAAGUACCGCUCCAUCGACGGCAAAUGCAACAACGUGAUGAAUCCAGCCUGGGGCUCCAAUGGUACACCCAUGCAACGUAUCAUGGAACCGUUUUAUGCCGAUGGGGUCGAUGAAAUUCGGGUCUCAGUCGAGGACGGAAGUGAGCUACCGAAUGUGCGAAUUCUAUCAAAUCGCUUUUUCGAGAAGCAACACGCUCCCUCACUGAGGGUGAACAUGCUGGUGGCGCAGUGGUCCCAUUUCAUCUAUACCGAUCUGGUGCACAUCGGAAGUCUUCAACUAAUUUCAGAAGCCAAGCAGAUCCCAUUGCCGUGUUGUCUGACAGGCGUAAAGCCACAUCCGGAAUGUAAGUCAAUUAUUGUUCCUGAGGACGAUUCUCACUACGGUGGUUUUCUGAGCUGUCUACCGUAUUCACGCACUACUCCAGCUCCGCGUCCAAAAUGUGGCCUCGGCGCUCGCGAACAAUCAAAUCAGGCGACCAGCUUUUUGGAUGCGAGCGUUAUCUAUGGCAGCACGAAGCAGCGCGCACGGGCACUCAGGACCUUCAGGAAUGGUCAGUACUUGAUCAGCAGUGUGCUGAAGACGGGCACCGAAUGCGCUACGGGUAACGCAAAUAGCUGCUUCGUCAGUGGCUCGGAUCACGUUAAUUUUCUACCGCCGGUUGUCGCUCUUCAUGCUCUCUGGAUACGACAGCACAAUCGAAUUGCAGCCACUUUAAGCACGCUGAAUGCGCACUGGUCGGAUGAAAAGCUGUACCAAGAGACACGACGAAUUGUCAUUGCACAACUUCAGCAUAUCACAUACAAUGAAUUCUUGCCAAUUUUGGUUGGAAAAGAGAAUUGGGCCAAAUUUGGCUUGCAAUCGCACUCUUCCGGAUAUAGCAGGCAGUAUAGCUUAGAAGUGGAUCCAUCGGUGGUUAAUACAUUUGCUGCGGUCGCCGGACAGGUUCAUUUUUUAGCUAAUACAAAUCAGCCACAUUUUUUCAUUUUAUAUUUGUUGCUUGAGUCAAUUCAUAGACCUGUAAUGUACAUGAACGACGAAUUCCGCGACAAAUUUUUCAAGGGCAAGGGAAAUUUGGGAUAUGACUUGGCAGCAUUGAUUUUACAAACCGGGCGUGACCAUGGGAUUCCGCCGUAUACGGUAUGGCGAGAGUACUGCGGUGGCAGCAAGGUAACUGAGCGCUUGGUAACGGAACUCGCUGAAACUUACAAAUCAGUGCACGACGUGGAUUUGUACGUACUCGGUUUGGCUGAAAAACCCAUCCGCGGUGCGCUGCUUGGGCCAACAUUCAGCUGCAUUCUCUCUCUGCAAUUCCAGAAGACUAAAAAGGGUGAUCGCUACUGGUACGAGAAUGAUUUGGCACCUUCCGGUUUUACGGAGGAGCAGCUGGCGGAAAUCCGGAAAACAGCGAUGGCGCGGAUUAUCUGCAACAGUGUUGAGCACAUCGGAUCGGUACAGCCGCGGGCGUUCGAACUCACCGACAAAUAUGACAACUAUCCAAUUCACUGCAACGAAUCAAUGCUUUCUGAUUUGGAUUUGGGCAGAUGGCGCGAUGACUCACCAAAGCUGAAAGUGCCUGUAACUCCGGAAACAAUCCAAAAAGCCAUGGAACUUGCGUUGCGCGAGGUGGAGGAACGCCGGAUACGCGAACGAAGGAAUAUUAGAGCAAGUAAGCGCUCUUGUACUGAACAAGCCUCCUCGAAACCAACAGAUUCCGAAUCUACAAAUGCAGAAAUGUUUUUAUUAUUUGCUCAAUACAAGACUAAUGGCGAAAUUUCACUACAAGAAUCUUACAGUUUUCACUAUUUUAGGUUUAUUGGCCGUAUUGAGCCUUUUCUCGGGCCAGGUGGAUCGGUGGAGAAGUGCUUGCCGAGGAAUUUACCUUGUGAUCAUACAACGCCCUAUCGGACAAUGUCUGGCUGGUGUAACAAUCUUCGAAAUCCGCACUUUGCUAAUGCUUUUGGCCCACUACUCCAUUUGCUGCCUCCAGCUUAUGAGGAUGGAAUCGAUACGCCACGAUCAAGAUCAGUGACCGGGGAAGCACUACCAUCAGCACGAGUAGUUUCGAAUGCAGUACAUUUCGAUUUACCAUUCGAUCAUGAAAAAUACUCGCAUAUGGUGAUGCAGUUUGGACAAAUCCUAGAUCAUGAAAUGACUCAUUCGCCUGUCGAACGCGGGCCGGAUGAUGAAAUUUUGAACUGCACAAGAUGCGAUUCUCCGGAAACAAUUUCGGUGCACUGCAUGCCGCUGCCGGUACCUCAUGACGAUCCUCACUUUCCGACGCAUGACGACUAUGGCGAGCGGCGUUGCCUACCAUUUGCGCGUUCGCUUCUUGGACAGCUAACACUCGGCUACAGAAAUCAGCUUAAUCAGCUAACGCCAUAUUUGGAUGGAUCGGCAAUAUACGGCUCAACAGAAUGUGAAGCAGCGGAAUUGCGUAGUUUCGUUGGUGGUCGCCUCAACAGCACAAAUCUUGGUGACCAGGAGCAAGACUGCCGUUCGUCUCCUCGAUUUCCAUGCUUUGUAGCCGGUGAUGAACGGAACAGUCAUCAGCCGGGCUUAACAUCUAUGCACAACAUCUUCCUCCGGGAGCACAAUCGUAUUGCUCGCAAGCUAGAACAAAUAAAUCCAUUCUGGGAUGAUGAACGCCUCUACCAAGAGACCAGACGUAUUGUGGCAGCAGAAUUUGCCCAUAUAGCUUAUAAUGAGUAUUUACCCCUUCUACUUGGCCGCCGAGUCAUGCGCAAAUACGACCUGAAUACGCGAAAAACUGGAUACUACCACGGUUACGAUCCGCAGUGCGAUGCGUCCAUUUCGCAUCCGUUUGCCACUGCAGCAUUUCGUUUCGGGCACACACUCGUCCGUCGAUUCUUUUCACGCUUCGACGCCUUUUACAAUAACUUCACGUGGCCCGUCGAUUUGGUGGAGAAUUUUAAUAAUGUCGAAGCAAUUUAUGAUGGUGAAGGAGGAAGCAUUGAUUCGCUGCUUGUUGGUUUGCUUGGCACGCCGUCAAUGGCAUUCGAUCGACAUAUAACGACUGCGCUCAGGAACCACUUGUUCGGCCGUCGAGGUGAGCCGCUCUCGGGAAUGGAUCUGAUCACGUUGAACAUCUUGAGAGCACGCGAUCACGGCGUACAGCCGUAUAAUGCUUAUCGGGAACUCUGUGGUAUUGGUGCAGCCAGAGAAUUUUCGGAUUUACUUAGCGAAAUGGAUGAGACAGCUGUCGAAGCGCUGCAAAGUGUAUAUAGGAAAGUGGAUGAUAUUGACUUGUUUCCAGGAUUAGUCUCCGAAAGAUCCAUGCCAGGAGCACUCCUACCUCCGACAAUGGCUUGCAUCAUUGCAGAACAGUUUCAGCGAUUGAAAAAAUGCGAUCGCUUUUACUAUGAGAAUGAUCUGCAACCAACAAGAUUUUCCGAAGGUCAGUUGAACGAAAUUCGGAAAAUAACACUCGGUUCAGUGAUUUGUGCAAAUAGCCGUGUUCUAAAAGGCAUACAGCCUGAUGUUUUCUUGCUACCCGAUGAACUCGUGUAUGUUUCCUUCUUUGGUUUUAUUGAGCCUGAGGGAGAGCAUCAGCGCCCAUCGUUUUGGGAUGAGAGAGGAAGGGUAAUAAAAUGUGUUGAGAAAUUUCAAGUGCAUCGUAGGGGAAGCAAAACUACAAAGGCAUAA